AUGAAUUCCCAGAGCAUUCGCGACCUCGAGUCGGAGAAGGAGAUUUGGUCAGGUAAAUGUCGUGUCUCUAGAAUGUGGCUUGGAGCGAAUGUACAUACAAACAAAGUUCUCCAUUUGGACCUCAUUCUGAUGGAUUCAAAGGGCAAUGAUAUCUGGAUGGCAGGCAAAAAGGGUUAUAUUGAUAUCCUCUCAGAUGUUGUUGGCCAAUUGCACACACAUUCAGAGGCAAUUACUACUACCAGCCUUACCCUGAAAACUAUAAGGAAGGAGUUCACAUUGCAACUGAUUGAGGGUGAUGUUGUCAAAGUGGUUAUUUGGGGAAGAUUUAUUCAACGGUUUGAUAAGAUUAUUGAUGAUCAUGGUGAUGAUCAGACUAUAUUGGUCAUUUCAGCUGUUAGUGUGGGUGAAUUCAAAGGUGAGUUAUCAUUUUCAUCUUCAGGGUCAACAGUUGUGUAUCGUAACCUCGAUAUUCCAGCUGUCAAAGCUUUUGCUACCGGAUACCGUGUUCAACUUGAAGUUCAAAGUGAUUUGAAGUCAGCAGUAUUUGUACUCUUCGAGUAUGAAGGGAAGCGGUACUUUGGAUUGACUGGUCAUGAACUAUUCCAGAAAAAUGGGCACAAUGGUGACUUGCCACCUGAUGAAUUGCUUCAAUUGGUAGGGAGAAGGUUAUAUGAUUCACAAAGAUGGAUCAUCUUCAUAUCUAUUGCGAGUGGGCCUGCAUCUUCUCAACCCUCCUCUGAUCAGUCUGGACAGUCUGCUACUGAAAAAUCGAUUGAAACACCAAUGGACUCUGAUGCAACUCCAGACAACAAACUGAAGAGGAAGAUGCCCUUGGAGUGA